CAAGCCCACGCCAUAGGCCGCCUCCUGAAACGCCUGUCCCGCCGCCUUGUCGCUUCUCUCCGCUCUGCUUCUCCGCCGCCGGCCGUCGCCUCUCUAGCGCCGCUCGCCCACUCCGGCUCCGUUACGCGCGGGGCGCAACCGCGCCUGCGGCCUGCCCAGCUGCCCCCCUCUCCAAGGUCCAGCCGACUGCCGUGACGCCGUCCGGCCGGCGUCGAGCGCGUCUCCGCGCCCCCCACCACCCCUCUCCGCGCAAUCGCGCCUCCGCGGCCCCCGUCCUCUGCCUCCGACGACUGAACGUGGUGAGUGGUGACGCGACUGGCGGAGUGGUGAUUGACGCGCUUGCCGGCGAGUUGCGAACUGGGACUGCAGAACUGAUGGAUUCCAACAGAUGUGACAUACCUACUGUAGGGAUGCUAGGCCAAAGUGUUAAAAUAUAUUCACAUGUUAGUAUUUCAUAAUUGUAGUAGCUUCAACGUUAUGUAUUUUAAUCAUGAACUUUUAGCUGCAUUAAACAAAUAAGUUCUGUCUGUUCAUUGUUGCAUAACUAAGUUUGUUGUGAAUUUGUGGAUGUAUAUAUUUGUUCAUGAAACUGCAUUGGACUUGGACUAGCAAAUUUUAUGUCUGUGAUAUGUUUGUCUUUCUUAGAGUUCAGCCCUGCCUGCUAUUUUAGUCUGGAUCUGCCACUGGUCAAGGUUCAAGUAUGGCUUCUGUAGGGUUGGCUCGGGUGAGUGGUGUGGCUCGCCCUCUCAUGAGGCUUGUCACCAUGAGCCGCAUGCCGAUCCUGCAGCAGCUGCACCUGGAGGAGCAGCUCCUGCGACGCACAUCAGACAACUGGUGUAUUAUCAACGAUGGCACGGCCCCUGCUACCAUCGUUAUGGGCGUGUCUGGGAGAGUCUCGGAGCUUGUCAAUAUACAGCUGGUCCUCCGGGACAAGGUGCCGAUUGUGAGGAGGUUCAGUGGAGGUGGCACCGUCAUUGUUGAUCAGGGAACGGUGUUUGUGACUUUCAUUUGCAACAAGAAUGUUGUUGCUGGGCUGCAGCCCUUUCCACGGGACAUCAUGUCAUGGAGUGGUCAGUUAUAUGGCAAAGUUUUUGACAGAUUUGGUGAAUUUCAUCUACGUGAGAAUGACUAUGCAUUUAGUCAUCGAAAGUUUGGUGGAAAUGCUCAGUCAAUAACAAAAAAUCGUUGGGUUCAUCACACAUCGUUUUUGUGGGAUUAUGAUGUAAAAAAUAUGGAUUAUCUCAAAAUCCCAAAGCGUGCACCUGAAUAUCGACUGGCAAGAAACCACACAGAUUUCUUGUGCCGCAUGAAGGAGUACAUACCUUCGCGAUCAGUUUUCACCGAUGGGGUCAUUGCUGCCCUGGGAGAACACUUCUCAGUUCAGCCCAUGGAUCUACAAGCAAUUCUUUCCGGUGAUGAAGAAUUUGUGCCUUCUACAAAGCUGCUGUCACAACAAUACCUAGAAGAAAUUGUUUCCUCCAAAGAAUCCCUUGAAAUUAUAGAAAGCUGAAGCAUGACCUGAUGACCAUGGUUGUCGUUUUUGUUGUGAAAUGUGAGCAAUUUUAUUGUGAAAUCCGAGCAAUUAUCGGCGAGCUGUGAAUUCAUUCAACUUUGAGUCCGACAUUAUUUCACUGAACCACUUACAUUGUUUUUUAAGACCCAGUACAUUUUUGUGGUUACUGGUUACAUGCCAUAAAGGGCAUCAGCAGUCGAUGUUUAAUUAUUUUUUGAGGGGCAAUUAAAAGUCAUUGUUUAGAUUGGGGGGGGGGGGGUAGAUAAUGGAUCUUUUUAGGUGCAUUUGAAAGAUGAGUAACACUAUGAAUGGAAAAUUGUCUGCACUAACAACAAUAAUUCAUGCAGACCUCAUUUUA